CUUUAUCACUGAAGAAGGCAGCAGUGAUGUCUCCCAUCCCAUCCCAAACAGUGCGGAAGGCAAAGAGCAGUGCCAAAAAACUAUCAACACGUCUUGGCUUUCCUAUUUGCCGUGAAGGAGGUAAAUGAUGACCCCAAAGUUUUACCAAAUGUCAGCCUGGGAUUCCAUAUUUAUGACAGCUACUUCAAUGCAAAAAUGACUUAUCAGAACACCUUGAAUGUUCUCUUUAAUUUGAAAAAAGCCAUACCUAACUACAGCUGUGACACUGAGAAGAAUUUGAUAGCUAUUAUUGGGGGACUUGAUUCUGAAACCUCUCUCCAUAUAGCCAACUUCUUAAGCAUCUACAAGAUUCCACAGCUUCACCCUUUUCUGAGGAGCAUCUCAUUCAACAACAGUGCUGGGGACACCAUUUAUUUUAAUGAGAAAAAUGAACUAGCUUCUGGAUUUGAUAUUACCAACUGGAUUACUUUCCCAAACAAAUCCUUCAUAAGAGUGAAAUUGGGAAGGAUGGAUCCACACGCUUCACCAGGCACCGAGUUCACCAUUAAUGAAAGCAUCAUCACAUGGCACAAGAAUUUUAAUCAGGCCCUGCCACUUGCUGUGUGUAAUGACAACUGCUAUCCAGGCUACAGCAGAAAAAGGAAGGAGGACAAGCCGUUUUGCUGCUAUGAUUGUGCUCCAUGUCCAGAAGGGAAGAUUUCAGACCAGAGUGGUUGCAAAGACAUGUCUAAUGUAACCAUCGUAAGAUAUUUCCUGCUUCUGGGAUUUUCAGAGCAAAGGGAACUCCAGAUCUUACACCUUGCAGUCUUCACAGCAAUGUACAUGGCAAUUCUCAUUGGAAACUUCCUCAUCAUCAUUCUGGUAGCUAGAACUACCCACCUUCAGACCCCAAUGUAUUUCUUCCUUGUCAACUUAUCAGUUGUUGACCUUGGAUCCACAACCGUCACCAUUCCCAGAUCAAUAGCUAAUGCCCUGAUGAACACAACACAUAUUUCUUAUUCUGAAUGUGCUGCACAAAUGCUUUUGUUCGUCCUCUUCAUGUCAUCAGAUAUUUUCCUCCUCGCUGUCAUGGCCUAUGACCGGUAUGUGGCCAUCUGUCACCCACUGCACUAUACCUCUGUGAUGAAGUGGGGAAGGUGUAUUCAGCUGGCUGGUGGGGCAUGGGCAGCAGGCUUCCUUAAUGCUGCUUUGCACACAGGUACCAUUUUUUCACUGCCCUUCUGCUCCAACAUCAUCACUCAGUUCUUCUGUGAAAUCCCACACCUGAUGAAGAUCUCAUGUGCUAAUUCGUACUUGAAUGAAAUGUGGCCCCUUCUCUUUAGUUCAGCCUUAGGUCUUGGCUGCUUUGUGCUCAUUGUUACAUCCUAUGUUCAGAUCUUUACUGCAGUGCUGAGAAUGUCCUCGAAAGCAAGUAGACAGAAAGCCUUCUCUACCUGCAUUCCCCACCUCACUGUUGUCUCUCUCUUACUUAGUACAAGUCUCUUUGCCUAUGUCAUGCCAACCUCCAGCCCUUCAUUUAAUCUGGAUGAAGUGCUUGUUGUGAUAUACUCAGUGUUUCCUCCAAUGAUGAACCCGUUAAUUUACAGCAUGAGGAAUAAGGAUGUCAAAACUGCCCUGCGGAAGCUGUUUUACCAGAAACUUCCAAACAAUAAAUCAGUUUCAUAGUUUAAAAACCACCACCACCACUGCCACAUGUGAUUUGAGGUGUUUGCCAUUUCUACCCCUGCUUAAAAUAUCAAGGAAAUGGAAAUUUAAAGUACCUUAAUGUUCACACCAUUUAAGCAGGGAAUACUUUGUCAAGGGUUGUCUAUUAUGCUAGCUUGCAAACUUGGUUCCAUGCAUCCAUACUUUGCCCUGGCUUUUGGGAUGGGGGAGGAGGCAUUCAACAGGUGCAGCAGCUUCCUCAGUCACAUGCUUCAUGUAGCCAUGAUGAAUUUUUGCCUGAACACAUCUGUUUAAGGCACUCUGCUUCCCUGCCACAAUCACAAUUUGUAGAGAAUCUCCAGGCAAGAAUUCUACAGGUUAGCCAGUUUCCCAAUCCCUUGCUACAGAUGUAGAUGAUGAAUUUCUGUCUGAGACAUCCGUACAAGGCACAUUUCUUCCAUCAAAUACCACCUACUAUAGUAAGUGUCUGGGCAGACAGUCAAUAGGUUUAUCCUGAAAAUGUCCAUACUGCAAGCAAGUAAGCAAGCAAGCAAAAACAAACAAACAGGAACAGUUGAAGCCAUCUGGGAAGGAGGUGAAGAAAGAUAGUCUGCAUGGACAAACUGGGGAUUUUAAGCCUUUGGACUAAUGCAAAUGACACUAAUCAGGAGACUAUUUUUCACAUAGCUAAUAUUAGUAUAGGGGCAGCACACACAACAGUCUCUUGUGAAUAAGGAAAACAUCAGGCUGGACACAAGUUGGUUGCCAUUCAGGGCAGUAUGCCAGACAGAGUCUUGUAGCAAAAUGAAGUAUUGAGCUAGAUGCAAAGCUAUGGUGCCCCAGAGGGGACAGUCUCCUGUUUGACAGAAUUGAAAAAGACUGUGCCGUUGAAACAGAUUUUUCCCCCAACUGGUGUUCUGCUUUCAGAUUUAUAUUUCUAUUCUCUAACAUUGCUUGCUUGGGGGUUUCAGAGCUGCCUUUGGCUGUAUCUGCAACAGGAUUGUAGUGCACCUCUUUUUAUCUUUAUUGGUGUAGUUUAUGCUAUAUAUAUUGAGUACAAUGUAAUACCUUUAUAUAAUCAAAAUAUAGUUUUUAAACCAGC